CAUACAUAGUCAUUGGAAGUGCGAGUUUUUGCGGACGUAUCGACGUUUACCGGUUCUCGAUUGUUUUGUUGUCUCUCUUCGUAUAUCAGUGACAAGUAAUCAUUUAUUGAUAAAGAAUAUACAUACAUAUAUAUACAUAUAUGUAUGUAUAUAUAUGUAUAUACACACACGCGCAUAAUAUAUAUAUAUAUAUGUAUAUGUAUAUACAGAUGAAAUUGACUAAUAACACGACAAGUUAACAUAUUUAAGGUGCUUUUUCGAUGAUUACACGACCGGUCUUUCAAGUUCGAUGAGAAGUAUGUCAAAGUCGAUGUGAUGUGUUACUGUGCGACCUUUCAGGAUGACGGCCUCCCAAGUGUUAUGUAGAUUUGGAUAAGUUCCAUAUACAAAUGAGGUGGAGCAUUUAUAUUGUACUAUGCAGAGAGAAAAGUAGUAAGAAAGAAGAGGUUAAUCAAAGGAUUGAAGGAAAAGGGAUUUUUAAAGGGUUCGACAAGAUACAUUAACAAAAGUAAAGCAUAAACACAAGAAAAGAUGUGGCACAAUAAUCGCUGGCCUAGAAACAGGCUUCUCUUCGAUAAGAUAAGAACUACGGCAAGAAUAGCAAAAAAAAGAUCCAAUAACGUAUUGUCAACACAUAUUAAAGAAUAAAGGAAAAAAGUAAGGUGCAAUUUAAGAGUGCAAGUAAUCGCUGCAUAUAGAUGAAAGUAUAACAGGGUAAGAAGCACGAUUAUAAAAAGGAGAAGAAGAAAGAGAUAAAAAAUCUGGAAAAGGUGGGUAGGAAGGAAUGGGUGCUGGGUUGGGCAGGAGCAGCACCAGUGGAGGUGGUCUGCUCGAGGCUCUUCCCACAGGAACGCCGCUUCACGUAGCUAUGUUAGGUCUUGACAGUGCAGGAAAAACAACUGCCCUAUAUAGAUUAAAAUUUGAUCAAUAUUUGAAUACUGUACCGACCAUUGGUUUCAACUGUGAAAGAAUCCGUGGCGGCAUUGGUAAAGCAAAAGGAGUAAAUUUUUUAGUUUGGGACGUAGGUGGACAGGAAAAAUUACGACCUCUGUGGAAGUCUUAUACAAGAUGCACGGAUGGUAUUAUUUUUGUUGUUGAUUCUUGCGACGCGGAAAGACUUGAAGAAGCAAAAAUGGAACUUACCAAAACAGCUAGGAGUCCCGAUAAUGCUGGCGUGCCCAUUUUAAUUCUUGCAAAUAAGCAAGAUCUAUUGGGUGCUAAAGAAGUGAGUGAAUUGGAAAAGCAGCUUGGUGUCUUGGAACUGGCUGGAAUGCCUGGCAGUUCUAGUAUAAGGGUGCAACCUGCUUGUGCUAUUACAGGUGAAGGUUUACAUGAAGGCCUGGAUACUCUCUACCAAUUGAUAUUAAAACGACGUAAAUUGGCCAAGCUAAACAGAAAAAGGGCUAGGUAGGCCAGGGCUUCGGAAGACUGCACAUGCGUCUUCUGAUAUUGCCCACGGAUGAUCUCUUCCCUGGUAACGGAGGUGCCCAUCGUGGAUCUCUCCGUUUCAUCUUUUUCAUUCUUGUCAACUUUCUCACCGACAUUGUUGACAGCUAAGAAGUGCUCAAUUAAAUAAGUAGAUGGCUAAAACAUCAAUAGCCCCGUAAGUCUGAAAGUAGAACAGUAUUGAUUAUUACAAUUGCUUCAAUUGUUAUUACAACUACUGAUAGUUUGUUAACUUAGGUCACAUCAAGUCUUGCGAUCAACUUUGUGUUGAAGAGCUCAGACUAAUCAAACUUGACUAAGAAAAACAUUCGCACUUAUAAGACUAAAUCAUACAAGAUCGAUAGCUUCAUCUAAGAAAAAUUCUUUACUCUAUACAUGACUUGAAUUCAGUUCUGAUAAGGAGAACAUACCACAUCCACGUAGUUGAUGGAAUUUGGAUUGUGGAUUGUGGAUUAUCACUUUCUAAUCUAAGAUUUAAUAGAAGAUAUAUAUAUAUAUAUAUAUAUAUAUGUAUAUACGUAUAUAUAUAUAUAUACGUAUGUGUAUGUAUGUAUGUAUGUGCGUGCGCGCGUGCAUGUUGGUGGCAUUAUCUUCUAUUCAUUCAUGAUAAAGUGUGAUGGUUUCAUAUCUUAGAACCUUACAUACUAUUGUGCCACUUAGUCUGAAAGUGAUCAAAGUUGAAAAUGACAAAUCAUAAACUAUUAAUUUUGUUAAAGCGGAAGAGUAACAUUACUAGAUAACAGACUUUUAAUAAUUUUGGACUUGCCAUUGUGUUGAUGAAAGACAUCUUUUUUAAUGGGACAAUAAUUGAGCUUGAAAUGUGUAUUCAUGUGAACAUCCCAAUUGAAGUUUUGCAUUCACAAUAGACAUAUGGAGCAUUAGUAAAUAUACUAUGAUUCUCAAAGUCAGUUGUGACUGUGGCAUGCAUCUCUAUCGUGGAAAGGAUAUCGUGUUUCGUCUAUUUCCACUCCAACAUCCUACAUUACUUAACAAGAGUGAUUGUCUAUGAGAUUCUUGGAAUUUAACUCUGAUUGGAAAGAUACGAUUGUUUAAUGCGCAGUAUUGAGGACUUGAUCAUACAAUGACUUAGUAUGCAUAAUAAUGCAAAUAAAUAGUAUGCUAGCACUGAAAUAGACAGUUACAAUUAGUAGAGGCUGUCUCAUUCUCAGGGCCUUCUUUAUGAUAAUCCAGACCUCCCCCCCUCGCAUGAUAUUAAAAGAGGAUUAAACCGAAAAAACGGGAGUUCUCAAAUUACAUGAGUUUUAAGUGCAACCAAUAAGCAUCGAUUGCACUAAGCGUUGCUAUAAUACCAAUAAUAUUACUGACUGUUAACAAUGAAAAUGGGAGAUUAAGAAAAUUCAUAAGUUUAUCCAAAUACAGCACAGCUUAUUAUGUCUAGCCGACAGAUAUUUUUCUGUUGGCUAGGUUUAAGUAUACCAAUUUCUUGGCCUUCAUAGAUUGCAGUAUAGUCUGUAUAAUUGUCAUUUCAUUGAAUCCAAGAUAAAAGCUGUAAGUCAUUUGAUAUUGAAUGUGGGAGUUGUCGAUGUAGGUAGCUUCAGCUCCCCUGAAUUAACAUUUAGUUAUAAUCUAGUGAAAUAUUUGUCUACUGUGAAAUUGUAUAUACAAAUGUUCCCAAUUUGUAAUAUACACUUUGGUGGAAAGCUUGUUUUUCCAUGUACUGGCAUUCGAAUUUGUAUAUAUUUGUGCUCAUUUUGUGCAUGUUUCGUGUUGAGUACAUACAUGAAAUCUCUUGCCAAUUUGUUUAAAUUUAUAAACAAUAUUUCAAUACUCGCUAAAGUGCUAUGUUUCCAUGGUGUGAAAUGUAAGAUUAUAAAUUUCUCACAAAGUGUGUGAUCAAAAGAGUGAAAGACUGAUCAUUUAAUUUGAGACAGUAUAUCAACAAAACAUAGAGAAUGGAUUAUUAGGAAUAUGACGAGGAAUCGAUGUGAAGGGUCAGUUUAGACAUUGUUUCAGAUUCAUUUUAAUAGUCGACAAUGGCUAAGGUCGAUUCGCCGAGAUCAGUCAACGUUAUUGGUGAAAAAAUUCGGUUGCUAGUACGUUUAAUGUCUGGUAGAGUACAAGCUAGAAAAUUGAAUAUAUUCUACGUACGUCUGUCUAAUCAGUGAGAAUUUUACCCCAUAUCAAUAAUGUGGUGUGAACUGCGAUUUUCAAGUUAUAAAUAAGUUUAAAUACUAAAAACCAGCGCAUAAAGGAAACGUAGGACAAAGCCUUUGUAAGCGAAAAAUCUAUGUAUAAGCUGCAUAUUAUUGAUUUGAUGUUAUUAUCAGAGCAGGCUCAUUGGACCUUGAUAAUUAAAAGAAAAAGUAAAACAA